AUGUCGUUACUCAGGCAAGCCAACCAGGCUAGCCAGAUGGUCAAGACCGGACCUGCUGGAUUUCUUAGCCAGAUCCGUACAGCCACGAAAAGAGCAGCCGGUUCCAGAACAAACAAAAAUGACUCUGCGGGUAGAAGAUUAGGUCCAAAGGCAUAUGAAAACCACUUCGUGAAGCCUGGUCAGAUUAUCAUGAGACAAAGAGGUACCAAAGUGCACCCUGGAGAAAAUGUUGGAAUCGGUAACGACCACACAAUCUUUGCUUUGGAGCCAGGUUAUGUCCGUUUCUACAUGGACCCAUUCCACCCUUUGAGAAAGUACGUUGGUGUGGCCUUGAAGAAGGACUUGAGUUUGCCAACACCUCACUUUGAUCCUCGUGUGAGAAGAUUUGGCUACAUUCCGUUGGAGGGAGCCGAAGCCGAAAAGGAAGAAGCACACAUGUCCAGAAAAGAAUACCUUGCGCAACCUGAGUUGCAACUUCGAGCACAAAAGGAGGCCGAAGCUGCCGCCGAGACCAUCGCAAUUUAUCAGAAAGUGAUCUCUAAACAAUCUGAAUUGUCUACUGAGCAAAUAGAGCUUGGAGCAUCUAGGUUGCAUUUCAUCGCCUCCAAGAUUAGAGCUGGUGAAAGUGUCGAGUUUGCUGCCGAACAGGCCACGUUCAAUCAAGUUUUCGGUUUGGAGUUGGCUGCUACCAGAGGCGAUCUCUCUGCCGAGGAGCUUUCUUCUCAGAGCGCAGCUUAUGUUGCAUUUGCUUCAGAAUUUGACUCGAAAUUCUCUGUGGAUUUCGCUGGAAAGAUCUACACCCCAUUGAGUGCAGAAGAAAAGACUGCUGCGCAGACUUCAGUGAAGGGCCAAUUGGAUGAGUUCAAGAACAAGAUUCUCUCCGGUGAUGAGAAGGAGACUGUGAGAAAGCUCAUUGGUACUCCAGGACUUUUCUCUCACGGCGAGCAAUUGGAGUUGAGAGAUACUUACUUGCCAGAGGUGUUGCCAACCACUGUUCCAGGAACUGUAGUGGAAUCUCCUGGCAAGAAAUUGCCUAAGGGAGCUGUGACUGUGCGUACAUUCAACGAGGAUAGAUCGGUGGACACUGUUGUGAGAACUAAGGAGGCGUUUGCCUAA